AUGGAUGAUGAAAUGGAUGAUUAUUAUUUGGACAAUGAAGAGUAUGGAGACGAACAAUCUCAGGAUGCUCAGGACUUGCAGCAUGAGGAAAGUUUGCAGCAUGAGGAAACAGAAGAAAUCUCAGUGGAAGAAUUCUUAAUUAAUUUAGUCAUGGCCAGGCCCCCAUUAUGGGACUCGCGGUUACCUUUGAAGGAUAGGAGCAAAACAAUUAGGGAUAAUCUUUGGCUCGAAGUUUAUGAAGCUUUUGGGGAACAAGAACAUUUGUCAGUAUCAGUACUUAUAAAAAAGUGGAGGAAUCUCAGAGAUACUUAUGUACGUGUAAAAGGAGAAACAGAAAGCUAUGUACCCAGUGGCAGUGCGGCAGGUAAAAAGAAAAAGAGAAAGUGGGAAUAUUAUGAUCUCAUGUCAUUUCUGAGUGACACCAUUAAAUAUCGGCCAACAGUCAGUAACUUAAAAUCAAAUGUAAGCUGCAAUGAAAAUGAUACACAAAUUGAAGCAGCUGAUGGUUCUAACAAUGUUAAUAGUGCCUCCAACAGUAACUCCACUAGAUCUUCUGAUACAACAAAAAAUGGUGCUAGACUUAACAGAAAAGAUUCAAAGAAUAUUGAUUUGGCAAUAGUGGAGGCACUAAACAGAGUCAAUGCUCCAGUUCCAGUACCACCUCUACCACCACCACAAUCUUCCUCACCAAAUAUCAACCCAGUAUGUAUUACAAUUUCAGAGAUUUUAUCAAAAAUGCCAUUUAGAGAAAGAAAAACAUUAGAAAUUCUGCUUUUACAGAAAGCAUUUGAUGGGGCGAAAGAUUUUCUAUAA